AUGAAUCAAGGAGAAGUUGAUGACUGGGAAUUAAGAUUAUUAAUAGCUGAAAUCGAUAAAAAACCUAUCAAUAGAGGCUCAAGCUACGAAAAUCUUCUAUCGAAGCUUCAAGAAGUUCGAAAAGAAAUUAAUAAAGAAAAUUUCAUUCUCGACGAGGAUAUGUUGAAUACGAUCGAGUCUGGGAGAGAUGAAUUAAUAGAAUAUGCAGAGAUUUUAGACUCCAGUGAUAACUUGGCAUCCGAUUUCGAUUUUGAUGAUUUGCCGGAAGAAUUGAAGAGAAAAUGUUUGAAUUAUUUGGAGAAAAGACCAGCGAUGAAUGAAACCGACCACGAAAUCGUUCUGUCUACAAUUCAAAAAAUCCAAAUAGAAAUCAAUCAGUGCAAUUCUGUGAUCGACGAGGACAUGUUGGAUUUGAUCGAUUCUGGGAGAGAUGAAAUUGAGAAUCAGUCGACAGACUACGAAUUCGAUUUGAAUUUUGAGAUAACUUUGCCGGUGGAGUUGAGAAGCAGGUGUAUAAAUUAUUUGGGUUCGUCGGAGGGCCGGUACGUUCACAGAUUUCCAAAAAUCGACACUGACAUUGAUAUCGCCCUAUCUACAAUUCAAAAGAUUCAAAUGGAAAUUAAUCAAAGCGAUUUUGUGAUUGAAGAGGAUUUGUUGGAUUUAAUCGAUUCUGGGAGAGAAGAAAUCGAGAAUUCUGAAAUUGACGUCAGAUUUGACACAAAUUGGAAUGAUUUGUCGCCGACGUUGAAGAUGAAAUGUAUGGAGUAUUUGGAUUUUGAAGACAGACUCUGUCUCCGUGCCACAUCUCGCACCGAAAUGACAUUAAUCGACUCGUAUCGCAUGAAAUUCGAUGUAGUUCAAUUAUUCCCAGAAGAGGACGUGUUCAUGAGUGUUAUGAGAAAUUGGAAGUAUUCGGAACUCAAAAUUCCAAAAAUCAAUACAUUCGGAAGUGAUCGAAAUCUGAUUUACCUGGAGAAAUUCACUCAUUCACUUUCAUAUAUUCUAAAUCAUUGUAAUAUUACAAAACUGGAAGUGUUUGAGGUAAAAGCGGCGAAGAGAGUGCAUUUCGUCGACUCGGAUGGUUCGAUGAUGCAGUGGAGGGAAGCGAUGGAGAGAGGUCGUGCGGGUGAAGCAGCGAGAAGAUAA